AUGAACGAAGAUGCAGACAUGGCGGGCGAAAUCGAGCACACCCUUCCCAGCAUCUACUCUAUCACCGGUCAUCGCCGUGACGCUGAUGUCGAGACACUUUUCCAGCUGCGAAUCGAAGGGAAAGACGGACGACAAGCUUGGGUCCCUGAGAGGGCUGUUCAAGAAGAUUCAGAAAUGGCCCUUUUCGCCUACUGGGACAGUGUCGCGGAUGGGCGUUUGGGCGCAAUGGCCCACAAAGACCUUUGGCAUCCGUUCCAGAUUGAGAGUCAUAGAAAGACUCAUAGGGGUGGCCAGCUGUUGGUUUACUGGGUGGGGUCACCUGAGCGGUCUUGGCAAUACGAGAGAGUCAUUAGGAAGGCUGGUCCAAAGCUC